AUGGCUUCAACUUCAGCCAACACAUUAUGUUUACACUUUCUGUUAAUGUUACUGCUUUGUUCAUUCAAUCUUCAACCAAGUUUUGGUUUCAGUUCACAAGAGUACCAUGAGGCUCUUGAAAAAUCUAUUCUGUUCUUUGAAGGACAACGCUCUGGAAGAUUACCAUCUAACCAGAGACUAACAUGGAGGGGAGAUUCUGGAUUAUCAGAUGGCUCUUCUUACCAUGUGGACUUAGUUGGUGGUUAUUAUGAUGCUGGUGACAAUGUGAAGUUUGGGCUUCCAAUGGCAUUUACUACAACAUUAUUAGCAUGGAGUGUCAUUGAAUUUGGAAGCUCAAUGCAUGAUCAGAUUGACAAUGCUAGAGAAGCUAUCCGGUGGAGUGCGGAUUAUCUUCUUAAGGCCGCCACCACAACUCCAGACACAUUAUAUGUCCAGGUUGGAGAACCUAACUUAGAUCAUAGGUGUUGGGAAAGGCCGGAGGAUAUGGACACUCCGCGGAAUGUGUAUAAGGUAUCCCCUCAAAACCCGGGUUCUGAUGUCGCGGCCGAGACAGCAGCUGCAUUGGCAGCUUCAUCAUUAGUAUUCAAAGACUCAGAUCCAGCCUAUUCCUCCAAAUUACUUCAAGCAGCUAUCAAUGUAUUCAAUUUCGCAGACCGUUACAGAGGCUCUUACAGUGACUCUCUAAAUUCUAUUGUCUGUCCAUUUUACUGCUCCUACUCUGGAUAUCAUGAUGAGUUACUUUGGGGUGCAUCAUGGAUUUACAAAGCUUCUGGAAUAAAUUCCUACAUGGAGUUCAUACAAUCCAACGGUCACAUAUUAGGUGCUGAUGAUGAUGGUUACACUUUCAGUUGGGAUGACAAACGACCUGGAACUAAAAUCUUACUUUCAAAGGAUUUCUUGGAGAAAGAUUCUGAAGAGUUUCAGUUAUACAAGGCACAUGCAGACAAUUACAUUUGUGCUCUAGUACCAGGAACUCCUGGUUUUCAGGCUAAAUACACCCCAGGGGGUGUUCUGUACAAAGAUAGUUCAAGCGAUUUACAGUAUGUGACAUCUACGUCUUUCCUUCUCUUAACAUACGCAAAGUAUCUCAACUCAAAUGGAGGUGCUGUCUCGUGUGGAACAUCAAAAAUCAAAGGACAAAACCUAAUCAACUUGGCAAAGAAACAAGUAGAUUACAUUUUGGGGAAUAAUCCAAAAGAGAUGUCUUAUAUGGUUGGUUUUGGAGAGAGGUAUCCAAAUCAUAUUCAUCAUAGAGGUUCCUCUUUACCUUCCAUUGAACAGCAGCCUCAGAAGAUUUCUUGUAACAAUGGAUUUCAAUACCUGAAUUCAGGGUCACCAAAUCCAAAUGUUCUUGUUGGAGCCGUUGUUGGUGGUCCAGAUAGCAGUGACAAUUUCUGUGAUGAUAGAAAUAAUUAUCAACAGUCAGAGCCAGCAACUUAUAUUAAUGCACCUUUUGUUGGCGCUCUUGCUUUUUUCUCUGCUCAAUAA